GUACUUGUAGAAGCAUUAUGGCGUCAGUAUUAUUUUAAUCGAGGAACCCUUCAAAUAUACAAAUUUGAAGUUGAUCAUACCUAAUUCAUUCAUUUACGUAUUAAAUUUCUACGUGUACUUAGAAAAAAAUGUUGCAUUCCAAGGCAGCUGCAGCGCUAAUGCGUUUGAAAGAAAUCGAUAAAAAAUAUAAAAUGAGAACGGAGGAAAGGUAUGCGAUGAACUCAAGUACUGAAAGCACAAUAACAAGUCCAUCAGUGGAAUAUUCUAUGAAAAAUAAACAAAAAUUAAAUAAUAUAAAAAUACCUUUAAAAUCUAAACUUGACGUGAGAAUGCCUAAAACGCAUAUAGAAGUGGAAAAAGAGGAGAAAGAAGAAGAUACGUCACGGUCUACAAUAAAAGAUAAAGUUUCAUCGACUAUAGUAGUUGAUAUACAAACAAAAUCGGCGGAAAACAUAAACGAAGAAUUGUAUAAUAACUCCUCAUUUUCGGUGAUCGAAACCAAUGAGAAUAUUUCAACGAAAUCAGAAGAAAAGGAAGUUUCUCAAACGGAUCAAAAUGAAAGCAUUGAAAUCGAAGAAAGUAAAGAAGAAAUAUUAGAAAAAGAAGUUCUAAAAAUGAAAGACGACAAUAAAGAGAUCAUCGUAGAAAAUUCACUAAUUGAUAGUGAAUAUAGUAAUUCAAAAAUUCUAUCGGAAAUAGAAGAAUAUGAAUCGUUGCCUGUUGAACAAGCGGCGAACUAUGUCAAUGAUACUUUCGAAGAAGCAUCGAGUACGACAUUGUCAACGAUGAAGUCUAACGAUGAUCUAAGAGGGACGAAUAAUGAGUCGUCUAAUUUGGAGGAAGAGGAAGAGAAAAUUGAAGAUAGCAUGAGAUCUGGCGUAAAGAAAGUUGAUAUUGUAUUAAACAAGGAUUUUAUACGUGAACGACAAGAAACAGAAUACUCAAGUGAAAAACAAAUAGUCGAGUUAGUACCACCUAAAUUAAUAGAAAAUACCAGCGAAUGUGAAAUCGGGCUUAACAAAGAAUUAUCGAAUUACGUUAAAACGAUCGAAAGUAUUAACGGAGACGUAAGCGACAUAACACCCGUUCAACUUUUGAGAUCAUCUAAACAGGCAGAAACGUUUUUUCGAAAUCGUAGAAAAAGAUAUAAACGCCGUCCAAUAGCAACGAAAAAUGAUAACGCAACAGAUUCUUUUAAGAAUGAUAAGUCAGAAUCGUUGGCCACGUCAAAGAAUAAUCGUCGAUCGUCAAAUUUAACCUUGAUAAAUGAUAGUAACAAAACGGAUAAUCCUCCAAAUGAAAAAAUAAUUCUUGAAAAGAACGAAUUAUCUGAUAAAGAUAAAGAUUCAAUUGCAAUGAUGUCUUCUAAUAAUAAUCGUUUUCAGGCGGAUAACAAUCUACGAGUGCAGCAAAAUAAACGGAAAAAGAAACGAACGAAAUCACACGCGUUUCAUAGAUCCUCGAGAACUGAUAAGACAACAGAUUUUAACGAAGAUAAAUUUUCGAGAUUUGAUAUUAAACAAAUGUAUCGUCUGCAGAAACAAAUCUCGAAACUUGUUGCUGGGCUUCGUUUUAAUGAUACUCCUUAUAUGAAAAAAUUCGAACCAAUUUUGUUCAAACCUCUCGAAUUUCCAAAUAUUGCUAAUUAUACUCGUCCUGAUACGAGUGUUGAAUUAACGAAAGAAAAUCCGUACAUUGAACUUUAUGAGAAACUAGCUACAAUAAGACACUGGCUCAAAGAUCAAUAUAAUUUUUAUCAAGUUCGUAGUAAUUUGGUACAGAUAAUUAACGAGAAAUACGUUCCUAUGAGCCUCGAAGACGCGAAGACGGUGAUACGACGAUUACAAAAAUCACCAAUCGAAGCGAGAUAACGAUUACUAUAACAACAAAUUUUAUGUAGAUCAAGAAAAAUAU